CCGGCGAAACUCUUUGGCGGUUUGUGACCUUGUUUGGUGGCGGGCGGCGAUAAGGCCCCUCGCCGGGCAGCCAUCUUUAGAACAUUAUCUCCUCCCUUAAGUGCGCUUAUCGGGCCCGCCGAGCCCGUUCCGUCCCGGUCCCCGUCAAAGGACACGUGAGCGUUGGGUUAUUUGCGGCAGCGCGACGGUCUCGCUUUGUCUUCCGACCUUCCUCGGAGAGCGCGAACGCUUCGGAUCGCCGUUCCACGCCAAAGGAAGUGGCCAACGCGGGCGGGAGCUCCUUCUCGACUCCUCCUCACGAGUCCCGGUCGGAUGCUUCAGUCUGCAUCGGCCUCAACUGCGCUCGUGUUUUUGCGAAAAGAGCGUUUGGACUUUUUGGACUUUUUGGACAUUUUCCAUCCCACGACCCCGAAAGGUUCGCAGGGCCAGCGCAGGAGCCCGAGCAUCUGGCAGCGCGUCGAGCCAUGACGUCCUGGCCGCCACUCGUUUUGUCGGCCCUGGUCUUGGCCGCGGCGGGGUGCCGCGCGGACGAGGCGCUCGGCAACCACACAAAGUGCGGCGGCGGCAACGGCCGGUGCAAGGACGGCGUCAUUUUGCCGCCGUGGCGACCGGAGGACCCCGAGCUCCUGGAGCGGGUCGCCAGGGCCGCCAUUUAUUUGACGGGCUUGGCGUACGCCUUCCUGGGCGUGUCCAUCAUCGCCGACCGCUUCAUGGCGUCCAUCGAGGUCAUCACGUCUCAAGAGCGCGAGGUCGCCGUCCAAAAGCCCGACGGGGAAAAGUACACGGCCACGGUGCGCGUGUGGAACGAGACGGUGUCCAACCUGACGCUGAUGGCGCUGGGCUCGUCGGCGCCGGAGAUCCUGCUGUCGGUGGUGGAGAUCUGCGGGCACAACUUUGACGCCGGCGAGCUGGGGCCCAACACCAUCGUGGGAAGCGCCGCCUUCAACAUGUUCGUCAUCAUCGGCAUCUGCGUCUACGUCAUCCCCGACGGGGAGAGCCGCAGGAUCAAGCACCCGCGGGUCUUUGUCGUCACGGCCGCCUGGAGCGUCUUCGCCUACACUUGGCUCUACCUCAUCCUGGCCUACUUCUCCCCGGGGGUGGUGGACAUCUGGGAGGGGCUCCUCACGCUCUUCUUCUUCCCCGUCUGCGUGGGCUUCGCCUACGUCGCCGACCGCCGCCUCCUCUUCUACAAGUACGUGCACAAGCGCUACCGAGCCGGCAAGCGCCGGGGGGUGAUCGUGGAGACCGAGGGCGAGCCCCCCCGGGACCCGGGGACGCCGUCGGAACCCCGACGUCCGGCCGAGGAGACGGAGCGGCUCUUCGGCGACCGCCGCGCCGGCGUCUUCGCCUUCGAGGAGCCCGCCGUCACCGUGAGCGAGAGCGUCGGCGUGAUGGAGAUCCCGGUGGUCCGCAGCGCGGGGGCCCGCGGGGCGGUGGCCGUGCCCUACAGGACCGUGGAGGGGACGGACAAAGGCGGCGGGGAGGACUUUGAGGACACCGGCGGCGUCCUGCGCUUUGACGACGGACAGAUCCGUCAAACGCUUCGGAUCAACAUCGUCGACGACGAAAUGUACGAGAAGAACAAAACGUUUUGGGUGGAGAUGGACGAGCCGCGACUGCUGGAGAUGAGCUGCGGGAAAGGUGGGGGGCGACAUUUCGGACCCCCCCCCCCCCCCCCCCACGGCCUCCUUUUAACCCUUCCCGGUCACCGUUUGACAGGCAAAGACCCGGUCUACGGAAAACUCCGACGAGAAGACCAGCGUGAGCCCUCUUGCGCGGUGACCGCCUCAGGGGAAGCCGAGGACUGCGGGACAAAAGAGGAAGACGGACGCGCCGGGCAGCCAACCUUGGGCCAGCACGUCAAACUGGAAGUCGUCAUCGAGGAGUCGUACGAGUUUAAGAACGCAGUGGACAAGGUUCUGAAGAAGACCAGACUGGCCGUGCUGGUCGGAACCACGUCGUGGAGGCAACAGUUUGCGGAAGCCGUCGCAAUCGGAUCAGGAGACGAUGACGACGGCAAGAAGCCGCCCUCCGGUCUGGACUACGCCGUCCAUUUCCUGACCGUCUUCUGGAAGCUUCUGUUCGCGCUGGUCCCGCCCACCGACUACUGGAACGGUUGGGCGUGCUUCGCCGUCUCCAUCGCCGUCAUCGGCAUGCUGACGGCGAUCAUCGGGGACCUGGCUUCCCAUUUCGGCUGCACGGUGGGCCUGAAGGACUCGGUCACGGCCGUGGUGUUCGUGGCCUUGGGGACGUCCGUGCCAGAUACCUUCGCCAGCAAGGUGGCGGCCAGCCAAGACCGCUACGCCGACGCCUCCAUCGGCAACGUGACGGGAAGCAACGCCGUCAACGUGUUCCUGGGCAUCGGCGUGGCCUGGUCCCUGGCCGCCAUUUACCACCGCUCCCGAGGCCAGGUGUUCAGGGUGGACCCGGGAACGCUGGCCUUCUCCGUCACCCUCUUCACCAUCUUCGCCUUCGUAUGCGUCGCCGUCCUGGUCUACCGGCGCCGACCCCAAAUCGGCGGGGAACUGGGCGGACCGCGGCCGGCCAAGACGGCCACCGCCGCCUUGUUCUUCAGCCUGUGGUUGACGUACGUCGUCCUGUCCUCGCUCGAGGCCUACUGCCACAUUCCCGGCUUUUGACGCCGCCCCGCCAACAAAGUCCAAAAAUCAAAAGACCGGCGUUACGGGCCGACUCGCUGUCGGCAUGUUUGAUUUGGCAUGAGCGAUAAGAUAAGAAAACCUCUAGUCGUCUCCCAAUGGAGAAAUUGCCAAUUCAAACGACGAGACACAUUAUUUGAGCUCAUUUCCCGAUUCCUCCAUGAACAUGUAUGCCUGAGAACCAACUUUAUGUCGUCAUCAAAGUCGGUUGCCGCUCUAUCUUCUUUUGUUCCGGUUUCAUUCGAUUGGAAUAUCUUUUGGUCAAGUCUAGGAGGUUUUUGCCCCCCCCCAGAAACACCACCGCCAUGACUUUGCUCUAACAUGUUCCUGAUGCCUUCUCCCCCCACCCCCCGUAUAAUGUUCUAACCUGGAUUUUACAAAUUAGAAAUGAGGACAUUUCUCUAGUGGGAAGGGGAAGAAUGUAAGCUUAUGUUCAAUUAUGAAUUCUUUUUAUUAUGAAACCAACCAAGUAAAUCCAUUUUUAUGGUAAAAGGUAGAAAAAUAAAUACAUGAAUAGAAAAGUAUUUUUCUCCUAUCAUCUGUGAU